UAUUGUUUGUUAGGGUGUGGAGCUGUAGGUGUUUGUAAUUUCGGGUGACUUUUUUAUCGAUCCUCCACUCUCCUAAAUUUUGCUUCUUUAUUUUUCGACGGCUACACCUGCGUGCGCGAGUCCGUCUUUCCUCGAGGCAUUCUUGGAUCGGCUAUUCUUCCGAAGAUCCUUUACCUACACGCACCUUCUGCACCCCGGUCGGUGCUGAAUAAUUUUAUGGGUUUGCCAAGAUUUGUGCGUCCAGGUGGAGUGAAUGGCGAGCCAAGACCGAAUCUUUAUGUAGCCAAUUGUGGCCCAACUGUAGGACUUUCUUUUGAAGAUAUUGCGUCAGUGUUUAGUUCCUUUGGACCAGUGACUGGAGUCUACGCUGCUGAUGAGAGUGGUGCUCGUGUUAUCAUUUCUUUUACUGAAGAGAGUUCUGCUCAAGCAGCCUUAAAAGCACUGAAUGGACACCCUUGCCCAGAACUUGGAGGUCGCUGUUUGCACAUACGUUAUUCAAUACUUCAGCAACCUUGCAAGGCCUUUGACUCAGUUCCUGUAUCAUUGUUGGCUUCUGAGUUGAACAUUCCAGGGCUGUAUCUGUUGCAUGACUUUGUCACUGCUGAAGAAGAAAUGGAACUUCUUGCAUCAGUUGAUGAUAUGCCAUGGAAAAGUCUUUCAAAAAGAAGAGUUCAGCAUUAUGGGUUUGAAUUUUGCUAUGAAACAAGGAAUAUUAAUACUAAAGAGCACUUGGGUGAACUUCCAUCAUUUGUUUCUCUGAUACUUGAAAGAAUCUCAUCAUUUCCCAAGCUUGGCAAUGCUGAAGAUUUAGUUCUGGACCAACUGACGGUUAAUGAAUAUCCACCUGGUGUGGGAUUGUCCCCACAUAUAGACACCCAUUCAGCAUUUGAGGGAUCUAUUUUCAGCCUUUCAUUAGCAGGGUCUUGCGUUAUGGAGUUCAGGAGAUAUUCAGAAGGUGCUUGGCUUCCUAGACAUGCUUCAGACCCUGAUAAGAAAUUGGAGGAUCCUGAAAACUGCUCAACUGUUGUAAGAAGGGCUAUUUAUCUUCCCCCAAGGUCCAUGCUCCUUUUAUCUGGGGAGGCCCGGUAUGCUUGGCAUCAUUACAUUCCACACCAUAAGGUUGACAUAGUGAAGGACAAAAUGAUCAGAAGGGGGUUAAGGAGGGUAUCUUUCACAUUUCGUAAGCAUGCAACCUCAUUACAGUUGGAGAUGCUGUUCAGGAUGCAACUCAAGUUGAAGAGGGCAUACAGAUGCAGCACCAUCCUCCUAGAGGUCAUCAGUUUGAGAGGCUUUCUAUGUGCAAAAUUGACCAGUUGGGUAAAAGUAUCCAUAAGUUCCGUACAUUUCUAGAACAGAUUCUAAUGUCCAGACACGAGUUCAUUAUUUGAAGUGUUAAGACUUUGUUCAUCAUGCCGCUAAGUGUCCUGCUUAUGUUAUUGCCCUUGCUGAAAACAAACUGAUGAUUACACUGAAAUUAAAGCUAACACUGAAACAAAAUGUUAUUGUCCUGCUUGCUUAUUGCUUUGGCAUAUGUUACCAUCGCAUAAUUGACACCAGACAGGAUUGGGAACAAACCAAAGAUUUCAGACUUGGGAAAUUUGUCAUAAGCAGCAACUAUUUUUCGGUUAUUGAUCCUGGUAUUGAUCCUGGUAGCUGGGUUUGAUGAAGCUUCUAGUUAAACUUAGGCCGAGCCCCAUCCUCAGACCUACAAGAGAACUUGAUUCAACAGUACAACUUAAAGAUGAAUGAUCAUUGCUCACUUUCAAGAUUUGAGUCCCUCAUGAAAGCAGUGUAAUGUGACAUUCUUCCUCUCAAGAUUUGUUACAUUUUGUUUAGGUGAUCUUGGUUGUAUUUAUAUUCUUUUCCCAUCAACAAAAAGUUCAAGCUGAUACCUUCUCAAUCUUCCUGUGGCUAAGUUGAAAUAAAUUGUUGGUGCUUUUCCU